AUGACUCUUACUUUGGAGGAUGCUAUUCCUUCCACUAGUAAGUGUAAAACACCAUUCAAAUCAAAAUUAAGAUCUGCAGUUAAGUUACUUAGAGGUAAGCAAAAGGCUUCAAGUACUCGUAAAGCAAGUUCGCCGAGAACUAUUAAUAACAACUCAAAUGUUAUCAAUAAAACUACUGGCAAUACUAAUACUAUUCAGUCUAUUAAAUCUAAUCUUAUUGAUUUAGAUAAUGUGUCAGAGGCAGAUCUCUUGACACUAAAAUGUAAAUUAGGUCUUGUUGAAUCGAAGACUAAUGAAAUAGAAUAUGAUUAUGAUGAAAGUGAUUUGUUCUUUCAAGAUUUUACCCAGUUGCCUAAUUUAACUGUUCAAGUUGACAAUUCACCUGAUGUUGUAAGACCUAGUAUAAAUCCGCUACAAGUUAAUAAUAGAAUUAGUGGAGCAUUAUUUGAUGAGUUCAGUAAUAAUAAUAUCAAUGCUGAAUUAAAUAGUAGUAAUACUGGUCCAGCAAUAGAUGAUACUUUGUGGACACUACCUAAAUUGAAAACUCCUUUACGAGGUGAUCCUAUAUCAAAAUCAUUAGCUAAUGUGAUAAAUACAGCUUGCACCACUCAAUGUGCUACUGAUGACAUUAUUGAUCGAUAUAAAAUACCCGAAAAUUGUGAAAUGUUAUCCCGACCGUUAGUUAAUCAGGAGAUAUGGGGUGAAAUUGAUGUUAAAACUCAUACCUAUGAUAAAAAUUUUAAAGGCAUUUAA